AUGUCAACCUUCGCCCAAGUUCCCAUCAGAUCGAACUCUGUCAACCGUCGUGAUCGGCCCAUCGUCUCUGGCCCUCCUGUCCGUCCUCCUCAUGCGCCUCAAGACGUUCAGCCUACCAACGUUCUUGGAGUCUUUAGUCUUAGUAUUCGUACACGAGAAUCGGAUCUGGAAGCUGAAUUUAGUCGGUAUGGCAAAGUGGAAAAAGUCGUGAUUGUCCAUGAUCAACAAGUUUAG